AUGGUUGUCAGUGAGGCAAUGGCAUUCCAAAUAUUAACCUUCAUGACAUGUAAAUUAAGCAUUCACGAAAUGGCUGCACAAUCAAUUGUUUCAACCAUUGCAAACGGAGUAUUUCAAAUGCCAUUCGGCGUCGCUAUUUGUUGCUGUACUAGGUUGGCUAAUAUCAUAGGUACCGGACAUAUACCCAAUUUAAACAUCUUGAAAAACACAUAUUUUCUCGUUGCUCUUGGCUUAGGUAUCAUCAAUUUCUUAUUCUUGGCUAGUAGCGCCUCUUGGUUAUCACAAAUGUUUAAUCCUAGCGAUAACCCUUCAAAUGUGGUAAGAAUUUUAACCACUAAAGUUUUGUUCAUAAUUGGAAUCAAUCAGUUUGCAGAUUGUUUCAAUAUUAUAUGCGCUGGAAUACUUAGAGCUCAAGGAAGGCAAACUACUGGUUCUAUACUAAGCUUCAUUUCAUUCUAUUUUAUAGCUUUACCUUUAGAAGUAUUUUUGGCAUUCAAUUUGCAAAUGGGUAUUCAAGGAUUAUGGGCUGGUCUUGCAUUUGGAGUUUUUUUACUUGCAUCAUUUGAAGCAUAUUGCGUCAUAAAUCUGAAUUGGUCUAAAAUUAUUAGUCAAUUCUUAACCAGAGAAACCAAAUCUUUGAUUACCUAA